AUGAGCUCCCCCGUUGAUAUGCUUAGAAAACCUUUUUGUAUUAGCAAUAUAUUUGCAGGUUAUUUAAUUAACGGUGUGCAUUUCUGUGGCAGAACCACAGGUAACAGUUCUUACGAGUCUUGUGAGGCCUGGAAUCCAGUAACUUGUCCAAAUACAGCAAGUGGGAGCUUCUGGGAGGCAGCAUCUACAAAUUUUGCUAAAAAUGCUGUUGGUGAUGUUUAUGUUCUUCUAAAUGGCACAAGAAAUCCGAUUUUCAAAAGCAGCUCGUACUUUACAAAAUACGAGGCUCCCAAUCUGCGAGGUGGUACAGUGACGAAACUAACAGCCAUUCUUAUCAAUGACUCUCCUAAAACAAAACGAGACUUGUGUAACAACGACGAUUCCUUGAAAAUUCUGAAGUCUAUAGUUAAGACAAAAGGCAUAGAAUUUGUCUGCAAAGAGAACCCUAGGGACUUGGUGUACCUAUUUUGUAUUGACAAUUCAAGUACAGAUCUUUGCACGAGUGUAAAUAUGUAUCAUGAUGGAAACGCAUCUACCUGUCGCGCCUGUUUCUCUCCGCAGUUACUGCUUUUACUUUUAGCUUUAUUAAAUGUUUUAAAGUAAACCAAAGUCUUAUCCAUUUAAGCCACGCCAUAAGAAAACCAACAUAGUACGUUUGCGACCAGCAUGGAUCUAGACCAGCCUGCGCAUCCGCGCAGUCUGGUCAGGAUCCAUGCUGUUCGCUAACAGUUUCUCUAAUUGCAAUAGUCUUUGAAAGCGAACAGCAUGGAUCCUGACCAGACUGCGCGGAUGAGUCUGGUUGUAUGUCUUUUUGUUCCUUAAAUAAAUCUCUAACAGAAUAUAAGAAAACAAAUUUUUAAAAAAAUGUCACAAAAUGUUGCUCAAACGUGAUUGACCACCUUCAAGCAAUAGUGUAAACUUUCUGAUCAUUGCCAUAGAAUGGAAUCUGAUUAAGGCUGAUGCGAAAGUUUGGCUGACUAAAACCACGGUUAAAUUGCGAAAUAAUAAGAGUACGAUUUUGAAACGCCGUGGUGUACGUAGAAGCAUGACUGGCCGAGUGGUUAACGGCAUUGACGUUGAAUCAUUUUCCCGCCGCCGGUGUGGGUUGAAAAAAUCUCGAUAGGGGUGUAGAUUUUUUCAUGCGGACGGUCGGUGUUUAUACCCAGGUGUUAACACAUGCCUGCAACAAUUUUAGAGGGGCACCUGGGGUCAUCUCAGUAAUUAAAAUCUGAAAAAAUCGCCAUAUUACCUAAAUGGAGGCGGUGUGGCUCUAAAACCAUCUAAAAUCUACGUGCACACAUACGUACGUUGAAUCUCUACUGUAAAAAUGAGCGUCUGCAAAAUGCUGUCGAAUUGUCCGCUACAUAUGAGUUUUAUAAUUGUGUUGUUAUAACAGUAGCUUGGUCUGGGAUGUUAUAUUCUAUUCGAGUGGAUUAUGUCUGGCCUAACAAAAUCCACGAGAGCCGAAUACAACAUUACAGGUGAAGGUACUGUUAUCACGAUACUUAUUUAUACCUCCUACUUUUUUAUUAUUUCUUCUAGCAAAAGAUUACUAAAUACAUUAUGCAACAUAGAAUUAUUUGUUUAACUCGCGCGAGAAUAUCAUACAUUGCAAGCAUUUAUUGCCUCCCAUUUAAAACCGUAAAGUAUUAAUUGCCACCCGUUCAAAAGCGUAAUCGUUUCGGAGCUCUAUUUGUUAUAAGUAUAAUAGUAAAAAGUGUACAAAUUAUGAUCAUUUUGAAAUUUAGAAUAAAAUUUUAACAUCAUUGAUGAAUGCUUUCAAUGUAUUUAAAAAUUUAGACGUACCGGUAUUUUGAUCACAGCAAACUUUCCAGCCAUUGGUUAGCAACUGUAAAACGAUGACAAUUUAAAUCACAAUACCAUCGCUUCUCCUACUACUCACUUUAUAAGGUUCGCUUUUAACCGUAUAUAGCGUUCGAUUUAUAACUGUGGAAUUCGUCUUCGUAUGUCUGCGGUUCUAGUAGAUUUCUUUCGUACAAAGUAGAAGAUAAAAUAUUUUUUUCGAUAAGUAGUUUUGUAUUUUCUAUUGCAGUUUCAAACAAAUAAUAUUUAUUUAACAGAAUGAUAAUAUAAAAGGAUAUGAAAUGUCGUAUUUACUUGGGAAAUACAGGUCGUUUUCUUUUGGCAGAAUUUAUAUAAGUAUAUAAUAAAAGUAGAAAUCGAACGUUUACGGUAAAUAACUAGCAAUGAGUUUUGAUAUUAAUUAUAUCAGAUGCUUAUUGAAAUAAAAAAGAAAGGAAACGUU